UCGGCCCGUUCUCUCUCUUUUUCUCCCGUCUCUCUUUCGCCCUGGCACGAGGGGCGACCGACCGAACGAACGAACGAACCAACGAACGAACGAACGGUUCCCGUAUAGGUGGACGGGGGUCCCGGCUCGGCUCUCGGCCCGUCCCGUCCCGUGGAGUAUCGCACCGCUCGCCACCCGCUAUCCAAAGCAGUUUCAGCCAGCCGCCCGCCUGCCAGUGUCCCACCGCACGCCGAACCGUUUGCACUCAGAAGCGAUCAGGGAGCCCUUCUCUCCCUCGACUUCCCCCUUCGACAGAGAGAACCCGCGUGCGCGCGCUCUUCCACCCCGGCGAGCGCGUACGCCGCCUCUAUAUCCGUUUCUCGUUCUUCCUCGCUCCUUCGCACCCUCGCAACGUCUCUCACCGCUCCUCUUCUUUGUUCCUCCCGGCGGGACGGUCGCCUCCACGUUCCGUCUGCCGCUCGUCUUCUUUUUCUCCCACCGUCGUCGGUUUCCUCCCUGGUUUCCUUCGUCUCCUGCCUGUUCUCCGGCUCUUCUUUCUCGUCUCUUCUCGCCGUCAGUCACACUCGGAACGCACGAGCGCCGGCUCUCGUUCCCUCUUCCUCCCACCGCGCGCCUCUAUCCAGCCGACGUUCGGCGUGUUUAACCUCCCGCCGUUCCGCCACACGCCCCCACCACAGCUGGUCUCGGCUUCUGUCUCCGUUGGGAAACCGACCGUCCCAUUCGUUCCGUCUCGUUCACGCGACUCCUAUCGCGUUCCGCGCGCAUACCCGCUCACUCGCCCUCUCUCUCGCUCCCGGAGUAGCGCCGGUGUGUACUUCCGCUGUCACCUGAUCGCGGGACGCUUUUCGCGGGUGAGAUACCGCUCGGCCACCGAGUCAACCGAGUCUGCCGCCGACGUUGCUCGGUUUUCCUCCGCGCACCCCCCCGUCUCGUACUCUCCUCCUUCCUCCUCGGCGGGACGCUCGCGUCUCGCAACGUGUCUGUUCCCUCCUUCCUAUACUACUUACUCGUCUCGCGCUCGUUACCGCGCGACGUCGAACGUGCGGCUAAAAGAAAAAUAAGGGUUGGAAAACCGAAAAGGAAAAAGAGCCAAGGAGCCGGUGGGAAGAAAGAGAGGCCCCGGGAAAGAGAGAGAGAGAGACAAUCGUCCAACCGCGACUGGAUCUCUCGCCUCUUCCUCCUUUCACGGAUCUUCGCCGGUGCACACGUCUGAAGCCGACCGACUGGAGAGGGAGGUGACACUUUCGGAACGUGGACACGCGGCACGCACGGAUCGUCACGGUGGAUACUACUCGAGGAGCCACGGGAACUCGCUACCGUGCUCUCGUGCAGGCAACCCGGAAACGAGGACGGCAACGAGUGGACGUGGAUAUACAGCGGGCAGAGGCACGGCCCUCGUAUCUAUCGGCUUUUGUGUGUGUGCUCCGUCUGUCGACGCGUGUACCAUCGUCCGGACGAUAAUGCCGGUGGUUGACGGUUUCGGUGAUCGACGACGACGCGGCCGGUGAACUAGUGACAGUGUGAAAUCGAUCGUCAGCAGGGCAGGCAAACCGCACUAAAUAUACCCGGGAAUAAUGGCCAGCGCGACAAUGGGUCUCCGUCGCAGAGUGCCGGUGAACAAUUCGCCGACCCCGUCGCACCAGUCCGCCUCGCACUCCAGCAAGCGUUCAAGGUCCGAGAACAACAACAGCCCGUCCCAUGGUAAUCUGAAUUCGAUGAACGGGACGCGGGACGAACCGCCGACCAAGAAGUCCCGUGGAACGUCGACGAACGCCAGCAAGAACUCGCCGGAGACGAGCCCGUCGUCCAAGAGCCGAGGGUCUAACUCGAGGUCGGCGAAUCAAACGAAGACGUCGACGCCGACCACGGAUACGUCUUCCAGCAACGGACUGUCCAACAGCUGGCAGGCCUCCACGAACAUGUCCGACGUGUCCACGUACGCGACCGUCGCCGGGCUGGGCAUGGCGCCCAGUCCCACGACCGGCCUGUGCGCCGGAAGCCUCAGCAUGCCUACUCCGAUCCCGUACAUGUCCACUUCGAUGGCCACGUUCGUCGGGAAUGCGACCAAUCUGGGCAAGAGCUCGUCCGUCUCAUACCUGGACAUCUCCAAUAUGACCUGCGGCUCUCUGAACUCCGCGGGUGCUGGUCUGAACUCCGGUUACGCUAACGGGAACUCGAACGCGAGGGACGCAAAGAACGGUGUGACCAUGCCUUUUCCUGGUAUCGCCAACGGCACCGGUUACAUGCAAAAGGGACAGGAAGCCGGUCUGCCGAAAAAGUUUCAAAACGACGGUAUGUUCAACGCUUAUCAGCCGUGGGUGAUAAAGACGUAUGGUGAUUUAGCGAAGACGAAGACGAUCACGAUUAAGAAGUACGCGCGUAUAUUGAGAACGCUCAGGGGCGAGGAAGUGAACAGUGCCGAGAACAGCAAGUUCCGGUUCUGGGUGAAGAGCAAGGGGUUCCACAUCGGCCAGCCGGAAGGAUACGACGCGAAACCGGCGGACAGGAUUAUCGGACGUCACGCGGUGACGAGUCCCGGAUUGGAUCCGCCGCUCUACGUACCCACACAGCUGCCGCACAACAAGACGUUGAAUGGCGCCGAGGGUACCGUUCCACCCGGAAGAGUGUACAAGAAAGUCGCGAUCGUGGAGAACUUCUUCGACAUUAUUCAUGCUGUCCAUGUUGACCUUGAGGGUCGCCCGGGAAAGCAUGCCGGUCAGAAGAGAACGUACAGGACGAUCACGGAGACGUACGCGUUCCUACCACGCGAAGCGGUAACGCGAUUUCUGUUGGGGUGCACGGAAUGCCAACGACGACCGAGGACCCCAAGCCCGACGAACCUAACCAGCCAAUCGCAGUCGACGUCUACGACGACGUUGACAACGACGACAACGCUGACGUCGACGACGACACCGCUGAGCCCGAACCCGACCGGCGCCGCCCACGCGACGGUGCAAAGUAGUCCUAAGCCGCGCGAGGGAAAUCACAGCGGCGAGGGCGGCAAGCCCCUGUACAGUUACAGGCAUCAGAGGCAUCAAAAGGGGAGCAGCAGCAGCAGCAGCAGCGGCCAGGUCGCUGCUGCCACGUUAGAGAAAACCGAUAAGGAAAAGGAGGAGAAGUACAAUCCCUUGAGCAUCACGAAUUUGCUGAAGAAGGAGUCCGUGGGAGUAGCCGGCGGUUUUUUGCCGAGCGGGGACAGCCUGCCGGAAUCGAGGAGAACGCCAGAGUCGGACCGGGCGAGCUCGAGGAGCUCCGCGUCUUCCAAGAGGAAGAGGAUGCUGCCGGAGGGUCGCACCCCGUCCCCGCAGCCGAACCAGCCGUUGCCAAGGCCGUGGAGCCCUGGACUCGAUCCGAAGAACACGCCCAUCGACUACAGUCUUCCCAUCACUACCUCGUACCUGAAGCACCAGCAAAGGUUGCUGCAGCAGGCGGAGAAGAACAGGGCCGAGGAGGAGCAGAAAGUGACCGUUCUGUCCGCGGACGAGAUCGACACCGUCGAGAGGGAGAGAUACUCGCCGGCCACCGGUCUGAUCGACACCAAUCUCAAUCUAUUGGCCACCAUUCAGCACUUGCACUGCCAAGUGAUGCUCGCGCUCACCGAGAGGCUCAGACCGUCUAUGACCAUGCCAAACCCGUUGGUACUGCCCUCGGCCAACGUCCUGUCCAACAUGAUGACGAUGGGAUCCGAGGUCUCGGUGCAGACCGGAGAGAAUCACACGUGAGAGACAGGAGGGUGUCCAAAGGGUACUCGAGUCUUGUUCUAAUCGUUGAUUAUAAAUAGUAUAGUUUUUUAUCGGCACCGAGAGGAACACAGAUGAUAAUAAAGUUGAGAAUUGGUAAGCUUGCUUUAUCUCGCGCGUUCGAACUUUUCUUUGAAGUUCCUAGAAUAAACCUGGAGGAUCUCGUCCGACGUAGUAACCGUUAAUCCGGUUGACGCGUUCCUCCUUUCCAGCGAGAGGACGUUAACGCGGUCCAAUAUCCGAUCCCAGCUGCCAUUCAAACUAUCGGGCUAACGCGAUCAUCUAUUAAACCGGAUAAGAUCAAUUACUUGGUCGGCGUCGCGGUGCCGCGUCAACGUCAGUUAAAGUCGGAUCUCGCGCGGUUACUCUAUAUAGAGCCUGGCCCGAAACGACGAGUCGACGAAUUAUUCGUGAGUCUGUCAAAAUAUGGGUCGACUCUGUCGCGCGCUCGUCGAUUUCUAUAGAGGGCUUGCCCGGAAGGAUCGGUUCGAUAUUUCGAGAUCAUUAGACAGAGCGGGUCCGAAAUGGAUAGCGGUUUCGAUCCCCGGGUACGUCCUUUAAAUUAUUUAAACCGACCCGACUGACUGCUUGACUCGCGAUUUUCCAAAAGUCGUCGACGAUGUUAAUCCGGUGGCAAUUUAUUUAUAGAGGAACUGUUUGAUAUCGUGCGCACAGUUAAACGAAUAAUUCUGUGAACGAAUAAAACGAAGUGAUAGUUCGCCUAUACAAGUUGGUUAUGCAAUGAUCAAUAUUUUAUUUGAGAACGUGCAACGGAGCGUAUAAUCGUCAGACUAUGACGUUUCGUCUGUAAUCGAACGGGAUGGAAACGAUUGUUAUACAGUGUAAUACCAAAUGCGAGGAUCUCUGCGAGAGAAUUGUUGGAUCUACCGUCGAGAUUUCACCGGGUGUGACUGGUCCGACGUUAAACGUUUUCUUAUCUGACCGUGUAGACUAGCCUUAUGUACGAUAUUAAGGAAAAGUAGUUUCGUCGUGUAUCAUAUUAGCUUGUCGUUGAAGGAGUCUGGUAAUUGUUGUGAAAGUAGACGCAGAUGUUGAAGGAGGCAUUAAAUAAAAGUAAAACGAGCGAUGAACUCGUAACAUUGUACAUAAUGGUUGUAACAUAGCGCAGUUAGUUGUUAAGGGUAAAGAGCGCGACUGUAUUAUUACGAAUAAUAUUGCUAUUAUAUUAUUAUUACCGUGACAGUUAUCAUCAUUAUAUAAUUAAUUAUUAUUAUUUUAUUAUAUUUAAAUUGCACACGAACAAGAUGAGAAAUAUACGAAAUUCACAA